GAGGUGCGACUCACUAGAAAAAUUUGCCAAAAACCAAACACCUAACGCAUAGCCAAAAUGUCGACGACAAGCUGCCGAAUGUACGAGAACCGCUUCCCUGAAGUGGAUGAACUCGUUGUAGUCAAUGUCCGUCAAAUCCAGGAAAUGGGUGCUUAUGUCAAGCUUCUUGAAUACGAUAACAUUGAAGGAAUGGUUUUACUCUCUGAACUUUCCAGACGUCGUAUUCGUUCCGUUCAAAAGCACAUCCGUGUUGGCCGUAAUGAGGUCGUCGUGGUUUUGCGUGUUGACAAAGAAAAGGGUUAUAUUGACUUGUCCAAACGCCGUGUCAGUCCUGAAGAUGUAAUCAAGUGUGAAGAACGUUUCAACAAAUCCAAGGCUGUUCACUCUAUCAUGCGUCACAUUGCUGAAAAGCACAAUGUUCCCUUAGAAACUAUGUAUACCUCAAUUGGUUGGCCCUUGUACCGUAGAUACGGCCAUGCUUACGACGCUUUCAAGUUGGCCAUCUCGAACGCUGAACAUGUGUUUGAAGGUUUGGAAGCUCCCAAGCCUGGUAUCAUUGAUGACUUGUUGGGACAAAUUUCUCGUCGUUUGACUCCUCAACCUAUUAAGAUUCGUGCCGACGUUGAAGUUACAUGCUUUGGCUACGAUGGUAUCAACGCCAUUAAGUCUGCUUUGAAGUCUGCUGAAGAUGCUCGUACCGAGGAAGUCCCUAUUAAAGUUAAGCUCGUUGCUCCUCCAUUGUACGUUCUCUUGACAAAUGCUCUGGACAAGUCUCUUGGUUUAAAGAAAUUAGAAGAAGCCAUUACCAACAUAGAAAAGAGUAUUUCCGCUGCUAAUGGUACUUGUAUCGUUAAAAUGAAGCCUAAGGCCGUCAGCGAAACUGAUGAACUUGAGCUUGCCGAUCUCAUGAAAAAAUUCGAAAAGGAGAACGCUGAAAUUUCUGGUGACGAAGAGGAUGAUCAAAGCGGUUCUGAGUAAAUCCUAUAAAACCAGCAUAGUAAAAAUUAUGUCUCUUCCCCUUAACCAUACGUUGUGAGUCCUUCUUUUGUGGGCAAACCGGUUGUAUUGUUCUCUUUUUCUUCUUUUUUGUUCAAAUUUGGAGAUUUCAUCUAGGGUGUAAAUAAUCUACCAACGUUAAAUUAGCAAUGAAAUGUACUAGCAUUGGUAUGCCAAUAGGUAUGAAAAUUCU